AUGGCACCCUGGUCGGUUCUCGAAACGCCUAUGGCAAAGAUUCACCAACAUCUUUGUGCAUUUCAUGUGGUGGCAGAUGAGCACGGACGACAAAUCGAUUCACACCAUUACUGCAGCUGCGUUUCGCCCGAAUUCCAUCAAUGUAUUAUCUAUGACUCCGAUAAGCCUAACGCACGUUUAAUAGGUAUCGAAUACUUGAUUUCAGAAAACAAAUUCAACAAAUUACCGGCUGAAGAAAAACAGUACUGGCAUAGUCACAAGUAUGAGGUCGAGAGUGGAGUAUUGAUUCAGAUGCAUGCGAGUGGUAUCGAAGGUCAAGUGCCUGAGAACAAGGAGCGUGAUAUGAUGUCUGCGAUUCAUAAGACCUUCGGGAAAGUGAUACAUACCUGGAACAUCGACCAAAAUCCUGAGUUGCCCCUCGGCCCCCCAAGUUUGAUGAUGUCUUACACCAAGCCAGACAUGGUGGAUUGGGAUCAAGUCAAGCGAAGAGACCGGGAGCAGAACGUGAACACUCAAGAGCGCAGUAAAAUUAGAUCGACCUACCUGGACAUGGAUUACCCCAAGAACAAGGACGCAGAUCAAUGGAUGCGCGGCGGCAAGCCGGUCCAAUUCAAGCUGAUUGAAUCCAGUCUGGGGUCUAAUGGUCAUCGCAAUGGUAGCUACGCAUGCGGCAAGUAA